AUGAGGUCAAGUGCAUCAUGCAAGAUUGAAGGGUCAGGUCAGGUGCAUAUGGUAUUCCAAUUGGUUUUAGCUACAGAUGCUCUUCUUCAACCCGAAUUUGGCACUAAAGUUACUCCUAAUUACACUAAUCUGUUUACUCUCAGCACAAUUGUUGAUAAUUUUGGCACGGUGAACCUUGUGGAUGCAUGCCAAAAAAUCGGGGUGAAUAGGUUCAUUCUUAUCAGUUCAAUUCUUAUGAAUGGAGCUACAAUGGGCCAAAUCCUUAAUCCGGCUUACAUCAUUCUAAAUGUGUUCGGGCUCACAUUGAUACCAAUCAGGAGAUCUGGUAUAAACUACACAAUUGUUACGCCUGGGGGCCUAAAAAAUGACCCGCCUAGCGGAAAUAUAGUCAUGGAGUUUGAGUAUACUCUUUACGAAGGUUCUAUAUCCAGAGUUCAGGUUGCAGAAGUUUCUGUUGAGGCAUUGCUGUACCCAGAGUCUCAUUACAAAGUGGUGGAGAUGGUUUCUCGUACUGAAGCUCCUAAACGUUCAUUUGAGGACCUAUUUGGUGCUAUUAGGCAAGAGUAGAUUUGAAGAUGAUUCAAAAGGUCCAAUCUGGCAUGCAAGGUGAGAUUUUGGAUGUUCUUCUUUCAUCUUUCCAAUGAUUGUCUAUUAUUGUACAUGUCCUCAUUGAUGUGUAAUUCCAUUAUUUUGCCCAUGAAAAGAAGA